GAAGCCUUGCAGGUGCCCUUCACGUAUUAUGUUUUGACAGAAUGAAAUGAAGAAAAGCCGUCAAACUCAUAAUUAUAAGUUGGAUAUUUAUUUUUUUGUGUACGGAACUAAUGUAAAAAAAACAUUAUCUGCAACAGAAACUCGUUUACUGCAUCCUUACCAUACACAAUGCGGGAGGAACUGCAAAGAAAAAUUACAAAAAAUAUCAUUGAUAUUAAAAAGGAUAUGGAUGCGAAAGACUUGGUUGACCACUUCAUUCAAGAAGGUGUAUUUGACUUACUCGAUGAUGAAGAAAUUAAUGGUUUCAACCCUAAUACGGCAGAAAAUAGGAACAAGUGUUUCCUUACAAAGUUACUAAAGAAAGACGAUAGAGCCUACGAAGUUUUUUUAAAAACUUUGCGCCAUGUUCGGUUAGAUCAUCUUGCUGAACAAAUUGAAAACACUGAAGUGGCGACAGCUCCAGUGGUAGAUCCCACAUUAUGGCUGGCUCAAAUAGACGAGCAUGUUCGAAAACGCAGAUUAAAGGAUCAUGAUCUGGGCAGACUGGCACACUGCAUUGGUACUGACUGGGAAUUUGUAGCCUCUGAAAUGAAUCUAACUAGAGUUGAAAUAGAUCAUUGUAGGAUGGAAAAUACUACAACCGCAAGGCAGGUUAACCAGGCUCUUUAUAAGUGGAGGAAUAAAAUGCCAGGAGAAGCGACGCUCGAAAAGUUUGUGGAUAUUUUGAUGAACUGUCAGUCAACCACAAUUGAUUGGGAUAUUGUUAAAAAGACUGCUCAGCAAAUGGGUUGAUUAAAGUGUUUUUCGUGUGUUAUUGUAAAAAUUGAAUUUAUAAUAUUUGGUUUUAAUGGAUGUCAUAUUUAUACAAAAUAACUCUUAUUAGUACUUAUUUUUCAUCCCCUUUUAAUGGUUGUUUUUUUUUCAACUCAACUCUGUUUAUUCAUAACAUAUAUAAAUUUGGUCAUAACAAAUCAAUUUUUUUGCAAAGGCAUGAACUUACGUAGUAUCAAAAGGCAUGAAUAUAUGCAGUAUCAAAAAAAAAUAUGUUUACCGAAAAGCAUAAUAAUAUUGUGGAUUGAAAAAAAAAGUAAUAACCUUGGCUGUAUUCAUAAAACGUCUAGAGCCAUUUCCUAACUUACUGGGGUAAGUCAAUUUCCUAAGUUAAGUAUCUUACUGGUCAUAUGAUAUAUAU